AGAGGGUUGCUGGGUUUGUACAAGGCUGGGGCGGGAGCAGGAGGGAGGGGGGGGAAGAGAUCUGGAUUUUUUUUUCUCCCCUCCCUUAAGCAAAGCCACAAUGGAAACCAGGAAGGAGAUGGUGAUGUUUCUGGAGGGGACUACUCUUGGCGCUCUAGUUGGCAAGAGGGUGCCUAAUUUGUCCGAAGCAGUGGGGAGCCCCGCUGCGGAGCCGCAGGAGAAGAUGAUCCAUCGGAACUGCAUCAGCCCCAGACCUGGCCCCUUGUCGUCCCGGGAGAGAGGAGGAGGAGGAGGAGGUGGCGGAGGAGAAGACGAAGAGGAGGUGGAGGUGCUGCCAGGGACAGGGACGGUGCCGGAGAGAAGCUCGGCGGCGGCAGCACUGCUUUCGGCCGGACAGCAGCCCCCCGUCCCGGAGCUCCCCUCCAGCAAAGGGCAGCAGAGCAGCUCGGACACCGAGUCGGAUUUCUAUGAGGAAAUCGAGGUGAGCUGCACCCCGGACUGCGCCACGGGGAGCGCCGAGUACCAGCACAGCAAAGGGCCGUGCUCCGAGGCGUUGGCCGGCAGCCCCAGCGGCGGGGGGGAUCACCCCAAGGGCAGCGGAGGCAGCGGCGGCUCCCAGGGCUCGCUGGCCUGCAGCGCCAGCGACCAGAUGCGCCGCUACCGCACCGCCUUCACCCGCGAGCAGAUCGCCCGGCUGGAGAAGGAGUUUUACCGGGAGAAUUACGUGUCCAGGCCCCGGAGAUGUGAGCUGGCGGCUGCUCUAAAUCUGCCAGAAACCACCAUCAAGGUUUGGUUCCAGAACCGCAGGAUGAAGGACAAGCGGCAGCGCCUGGCCAUGACCUGGCCUCACCCGGCCGACCCGGCGUUUUAUACGUACAUGAUGAGCCACGCGGCAGCCACCGGGAACCUGCCGUACCCAUUCCCGUCCCACCUGCCCCUGCCCUACUACUCCCACAUGGGCAUCGGCGCCACAUCGGCCUCUGCCGCCACCCCCUUCAGUACCCCCCUGAGGCCUCUGGACACCUUCAGGGUCCUCUCCCACCCGUACCCGAGACCAGAACUGCUGUGCGCCUUCAGACAUCCCUCUCUCUACCCUGCCCCAACCCAUGGACUCAGCAGCGCCGGGGGCAGCCCUUGCUCCUGCCUGGCAUGCCACAGCGGCCAGUCCAACGGGCUGGCGCAGAGACCCUCCGGAUCAGACUUUACCUGCUCGGCCACAACCAGGACUGACUCCUUUCUCACUUUCACGCCCUCUGUGCUGAGCAAAGCCACCUCAGUUUCCAUGGACCAGAGAGAAGAAGUACCUUUAACGAGAUAAACCUUUGUCUCAGGGUUAUUAAAUACUCAUCCCUUUCUCGGACUCCUCUUCGAGUUAAUGUACCUACAGCCCAUGUUUAUUUAAUCGUGUUCUCUCCUCAGCCGCGGACACACACAGAAAAAAAAAAUAAAAAAAGAAAAAAGAAAAAAAAAAGAAAAAAAGAAGAAGAAAAGAGACUAAAAAUAGCUCAGUCUUAAAAGGAUUUACAUUCCAAGGGGGGAAAAUAAAAGAAAGAAGAAAGAAAGAAAUUACUAGUGAUUUAUCUCUGAGAAGGAAUUUAGGCACGAAGGAGGAAGAAAAUCAACUCGAAUGAAAUAUGGUCCAGCCAGCCACCUAUAGAAAUGUGAUGGGACUUUCUUUUCCGUGGAUAGACUUCUUCCCAAGGGCUGGGGGUUCCACGGAUCACAACAAACCUUAUGCACAGAUCUAUGAGACGGAGAAGGAAAAUCUGAAAUACUUGAAAGAAACACUAUCUUGAUAAAGAAAUGGCUUGUGCGCAUGAAGAAAGCAAAGAUGUAACCCCUCAGUGUUCAGAAAAUAAAAACUACAGGCAAACAACAAAAACAAACCCCAAAAGGUUUCCGGUUUGCAACUCGGCAGUAUUAUCCAGUUGUCUCUAUGGAAAAUAACAAUGCUUUUCCAUAAAGAAAACCUGUCAUUCUGUACAUUACUUUUGUAAUUUAAUUGCAUUCUUUACCCUCCCUUGUC